UUGAGAGGAUGGCAUCAAGGUGGCGUUAAUUGGACUCAUCUUCCUGACAUUUCAAAAUGGUUGGAGCAGGCGGGAAGCACUUAUAUAAAGUUUUUCCAGCUGGUGUCGGGUAUCCUCCUAAUCACUAUAAGCUUAGUUUCUCUUCCGUGGUCCCAACGGUCAAAAAGGAAUAUCGUGACUGUGGUUUCCUUAAUGCACUUGUUCCCUGGGUUUCUGGUUCUAUAUUAUAUCAUUAGAUAUCAAGAACUUUCGUUCGGUACAGGUAGCUAUGAUGCUACUUUAAUGGCUCAGAUAAUUUAUGCCGUCCUAGGUUUCUGUUCAACGACUAUUGUUGUUGCUGUACCAUGGUGUAUACCUCUCCAAAAUCAUACGCUUUCUGUGCAUGAAGUCCGCUUGCCCGCCCAAAGAAAGGUUUGGGUUUUAGGUUUCAGGAAUUCUGCCUAUGUGAUUGGCUUGAGUUAUGUAUAUUAUUGGUCUCUUUUACAGCUAUUAUUGCAGCAGCCCAUAAACUCAUUGCCUGUACUAUUUCUCUUCUUGCAAGUACUAGCUAGCAUUUGGUAUUCUUCCGGUUCCGACCAGCAUCUUAGGCAAUGGGUUGAGGUGGCUGCACUUUAUUAUAUGGGAAUGGCAGGCCAUUUUGGUCUCGGCAACACCAACACCCUUGCUACAAUCGAUGUUGCUGGUGCUUUUAUUGGUGUCUUGAACCACUCGACUAUACUUUCUGGCAUCUUAAUGUUCAUUAUUACAUAUGCUUCACCAAUGUUAUACCUCCUUAGCAUGGUGAUGUACACUUCUGUGAAGGACACAAGUGGUUGCAACAUUGGAUCUUUGCUUAAGCGGACGCUUGGUUUUCCUUGUCUGGUUCCGUUGGGCUUGAAUUCCAUUCUUUUGAUAGCUUACACAAUUGUGUUGCUGCUAAUGAGGAAUCAUUUAUUUGUUUGGAGUGUAUUUUCUCCCAAGUUCUUGUACGUCUGUGCUACGACCAUUUGUGUCUGUCUUGGGGUAUCUGUUGUAGCUUCAACUGUGAUCUAUAUCUCUUUGGUCUUGGCGUUCCGAGAAAAGUUGCAGACUCAUACAGACUAGUCUCAAGAAAGAGUAUGACAUACGACUAACCCGAUCCAAGUGUUCGCUAUCAAGAGGUAUGCUGGUUGCUUUAGCGUUUAAGGUGAUCUAAACGUUGCGGGAAAGUUGUGGAUUAAAAGGAAGCAUACUACGCCAAAAGCUAGCUUUCUCUAUAUAGCGAUCCGUACUUUAACCAGAACAAUUUUGACAGGAAAACUUACACCAUAGCAGUUAAAUGAUUCUUUUUUCUGCUAAGCAGCCAAAACAGUUGACUGAGAAAACUGAAAAUGUUGAGCUGUAGAUUUUAAUUACUAAUCGAAUUCUUUUUUCUUGCUUGUAAGUUAGAACAAGUUUUGGCAUUUUCAAUGUAAUAUCUGUGUGGCAGAUUGUUCAUGGCUCAAUUUUGGACUACCAAACGGGAGAAUGUGAACACAACUAUGUUUGAACUUCUUGGCUGAAUAUGAUAUGCUUUGGUUUUUUAUUCA